AUGGCAAACGGCAGCUGUCUAUGCGGCAAGAUCCGCUACCAAAUCAGUCUCGGCAAGGACGCCCCGUUGGAGAGCUCUAUUGACCUCAACCAGACCUCAACGUGCCAUUGUCGGCCCUGUCGCAAGAUCACCGGCGCAACAACCUCGCUGAACCUCACGGUGCCUCUCUCGGAUUUCGCUCUGUUGGCGGGAACACCAAAGACGUUCACGACCCGGCACUGCGACGACGGCUUCGAGUUCUCCAUGGUGUUCUGCGGGGACUGCGGCAGCCCGAUCUACGACAUGCCGCUGGGCGGUCCUCAGCCUCCCGUGGCCGUCAUCCAGGUCGGUACGCUAGAUGACGGCGGCGUGCUGGAGGCGACGCCGGUGACUGAGUUGAAUGUCAAGCACAGGUUGGGCUGGGUCCGGGAGGUGGGAGGUGCGGUCCAGAGGCAAGGGUACACCGAUUUGAAGACGGGUUAUUGA